AAGCGCUGCAUCGUCCGCUCUGCCACAGGCCCUGACACAAGAUCCCAUCAUGCGAUUCCUCCAGUUUGGAUCGCGCGUUUUGAUGGGCGAGAAACCUCUCAUUAUGCAUACCACCGCAAUAUAUUAUAUAUGAAAGGUGGCGGCCAUCAGCUGGCGUAAUCUUUACCGUCAGUGGCAGUCGGGGCGACCUCGUCGAGCAGCCAAGUAGGAGCGUCAUGGGCACCGAGGAUGCACGCAGCAGCACGCCAGCCGCGCCUGGCCCGCGGAGCAACCAGGCCGAGACCGCACCGCGGCGUGCGCCGGCGACGCCCAAGUCCUGGACCAUUCACGACUUUGACAUUGGCCGCGAGCUCGGGCGGGGCCGCUUUGGCCAAGUGUUUUUGGCCCGCGAAAAGUCGUCGCGCAAGAUCUUGGCCAUCAAGAUCCUCACCAAGGAGCAGCUCCACCUGGGCGGCGUCGUGCAGCAGCUCAAGCGCGAGGUUGAGAUCCACUCGCGCAUUCGCCACCCACACAUUCUGCCGCUGUACGCCACGUUCCAAGACGACACGAAAGUGUACCUCGUCCUCAAGUACGCACCCCACGGCGACCUCUUCACGCGCCUCAAGAACGCCCAAUGCGGCCGGCUGGACGAGCGCACGGCCGCCCGCGUGAUGACGCAGCUCAUUAGCGCCAUCCACACGUGCCACCAGCACAACGUGGUGCAUCGCGAUAUCAAGCCCGAAAACAUCCUCCUCGGCGCCGAGGAGGAAGUGCUCUUGGCCGACUUUGGCUGGUCGGCGGCCAACGUGACCGCAUCGUACCUCUCUGUUUGCGCAUCCAACGCUCAUAUUUGCGAUAUGAAUCGGCGCGAAACGCUGUGCGGCACGCUCGAUUACCUCUCGCCCGAGAUGCUCAACGGACAAAAAUACGAUGCGUCCGUGGACAUUUGGGCCAUUGGCGUGCUCCUCUUUGAGCUCCUUGUCGGCAAGCCUGCGUUCGAGUCCCACGACCAAAGCCAGACGUCGGAGCUCAUUUUAAACGCGCGCUACCGCAUCCCGCUCUUUGUGUCGCGGGAGGCCAAGGACCUUAUCCGCCGGUUUUUGAAAAAGGACCCGGCCGACCGCAUCACGCUGGCCGAAGCCAUGGAGCACCCGUGGCUCCAGCGCUAUAGCCAAGAGCGGGCGCGUACGCCGUCCGCGGCGUCGCCCAAACCGAGUUCGCGGCAGCCGCGGUCGUCGUCGUCGUCGGUCGCGUCGUCUCGGGCGUAAAUUCUGGAUCCAGAGCGCUACAGAACUGUGUAUACAUCUAGUAUAUUUUGCAAGGAUACUUUGCAUAUCA